AUGACUAAACAUAUAAACCUCUUUAUUAUUUUUACCUUGACCUUUGCUUUCGUUUUCACUUUCGCAAAUGGAGCCUCUCUUAAAAAGCGAGCUGCAUCCCAGUAUGCUCAAAAUUGGACAACUACUUUCAAAAAAAAUGCUGACUGCUCGAUAGAGGGUUAUAUCACAUUUUCGUUAUGUGACGAUCCUUCUGAACUGGAAGUCAGUGGCGCAUUCACCAAAGGAUUUGAUGGGAAACCACAAUCCUAUACUUUUGAGAUCUAUGAUACAAAAGGAAAACUUAUUAAUACAUUUAAACCAAAGUUCGAGUGUUUUCCCGGAG